AUGGUUGCGGAUUGGCCAUACGGCGGAGACCCCUCUCCCAACCCCCGGGGUCUUAUCGACGAUGCCGUAGCCGACGUCAUCGCAAUACUACGUCUACUAGAGCUACCUGAGCCCCACGCCUCGUUCCUCUCCUUCGUCUUCCAUACCUUGUUCUAUGUCAGCAUCUGCGUGUUCGCCAGCUUCGUAUUUUUCGUAAUUCGGCAGUCCGUCUUUAUUACCCUCUUCCGCUCCCUUACCAGCACCGAAACCCGUCGUAACCCCGAGCCCUGGAGCGUAACGCUAUGCAGGCUCAUAGACCCCCACCACUACGACAACAUCGUCGCGUUGUCGUGCUACCUGACCACCUUCGCCGUGUCGCUGUUCAUCCUAGCCGCGUCUGUCGCCGCUAGCUCCAGUUGGAUAGCCGCGUUCGCGUGGGUGAUGAUAUGGUUCUUGUGGAUAUACGCAGGGUGGCGGUACUCCCAGCCCAUGAAACCGCGGUACACGGGGGAGGACGUAAAGCUCUGGAGUGGAAAGGGUUUGUGGGUUCACACCAUACUUCUAGUAGCUGCCCUUGCUUAUUUUACAACAUUGUGUCGGCAGCUCGACGAUGGUAUCGUACGGCUUCACGAAAGCUGCGGUAACGCCAGCCCGGCAUUUUUGAGAAACAUGGCACAUGAGAUUAUGUUUAAACUUAACCCUCCGGAAUAUAAGGUAGUCCCACCUGUGGAGAGGUAUGGAUAUACCUCGUGA